CGAGGACGGGAUCCCGAUGAGAGGACUAUCAUGUCCUAUCCUCCGCGGGCCAGUGAGGAAGACGAGGGCACGGCGCUUCAUUCCGAGGGAGGAGGAGAUUUGGAGGAAGAAGACGACGGCGGCGGCAGCGGCGGCGGAGACUUAUUAGACGCCAGAAGCGACGUCAACUCGCCGGCGGCGUCUCGGCAAACUGCAGCCGCCGCAGAAGAAGAGGGGGACACGUCCGACAGGGAGGUACCGUGUAAAAAGAAAGGACGGCCAAAGAAGAAGAAGGAAGCCAAGAAGAAGGAGGGCAAACCCGCAAAGGCCAAAAAGCGCAAGAAGAUUGAAAGCGACGUAGAUCGGGACUCGGCGGGGGAUGGGGACUUGGGCGAGCGCUCGGACGGCGUGGCCAGCGGCUACGGCUCAGGCGAGAAGAAGAAGAGGAAAAAGCACAAAGACAGAAAGGAGAAGAAAACCAAGAGGAAGAAAAAAGAUGACGAGGACCGAGACAGCGGCCAGGAGGAGGUCACGAGGCAGCCUGUGGAGCAGAAGACCUCGGCCCAGCUGGCGAAGGAGUGGGCUCUGGAGGAUGUUGAUCAUACCUUCACCGAGGAAGACUACAAGGAGCUGACCAACUACAAGGCCUUCAGUCAGUUCUUGAGGCCCAUGAUCGCCAAAAAGAACCCCAAGAUUCCAAUGUCCAAAAUGAUGACUAUCCUGGGGGCCAAGUGGAGGGAGUUCAGUUUCAACAACCCUUUCAAAGGCAACGCCGCAGCUGUAGCUGCAGCAGCAGCCGCCGCCGCCAUAGCUGUUGCCGAGCAGGUCUCCGCGGCGGCCGCCUCGCCCGCGCCCGUGCUGCCACCGCCACCUGUCCGAAAGGCCAAGACGAAAGAAGGCAAAGGUCCAGGUUACAAGAAACGCAGUAAAAAUCCACGUGUCCCAGACAAGAAAAAGGCUUUGGCUGCGGCCAAGGCGAAAAAAAUGGCUCCCAUACGUCUCAAACUUUCUCCUGUGUGCUCAAAGAGGAAGAAGAGUUGCUCGAGUGACGAAGGGGACGAGGUGGAGUCUGAAGCGGAGGAUUCGGGUGUCCGAGGCCCACCGUUUCGCUCCGAUGCCGUGAAGAAGAGCAAGCGCGGGCGGCCUGCUAAGAAGAAGAAGAAAAUCCCAGGUGAGGAGGAGGGCGACGGCUAUGAGACGGACCACCAGGACUACUGCGAGGUGUGCCAGCAGGGCGGCGAGAUCAUCCUCUGCGACACCUGCCCACGGGCGUACCACCUGGUGUGCCUGGAGCCCGAGCUGGAGAAAGCGCCCGAGGGAAAGUGGAGCUGCCCCCACUGCGAAAAAGAAGGAAUCCAGUGGGAAGCCAAAGACGAAGACUUUGAGGACCUGGAAGAGGAGGCGGAGGAGAGAUCCGUCUCGGAGGUCAGGGCGGGGACGGAGGAGGACGACGACCACAUGGAGUUUUGUCGGGUGUGUAAAGACGGAGGUGAACUCUUGUGCUGUGACACCUGCACAUCCUCCUACCACAUCCACUGUUUAAACCCUCCACUGCCAGAGAUCCCUAAUGGAGAGUGGUUGUGUCCACGAUGCACGUGUCCGCCCAUUAAAGGACGUGUGCAAAAGAUCCUCCACUGGCGCUGGGGGCAGCCCCCGACUCCGGCCCCUGUCCCGGAGCCGGAUGCGCCGUCGGCGGAGGUGGCUCCGGACCGGCUCCCUGUCCCCCCCCCGCCACCCGCGAAGGGCCGAGCCGAACGGGAGUUCUUUGUCAAGCUGGUGGGUCAGUCCUACUGGCACUGCACGUGGAUCACUGAGCUGCAGUUGGAGAUCUUCCACUCGGUGAUGUACAGAAACUACCAGAGGAAGACGGACAUGGACGAACCGCCCGCUUUGGACUACGGCUCUGGCGGCGAAGACGAGAGCGGAGCGGUGAAAAGUGAGAAGAGGCGUGCCAGAGACGCCGUCAUGGAGGACAAGUACUACAAAUACGGCAUCAAGCCCGAAUGGAUGAUAAUCCAUCGCAUCAUCAACCACAGCGUGGACAAGAAGGGCAUGUACCACUACCUGGUGAAGUGGAGAGACCUGACGUACGACCAGUGCACGUGGGAAGGAGACCAUAUGGACAUCCCUGACUUUGCCAUCCAUAAGGCCAACUACUGGAGACACAGGGACUCCAUCACCAAGGAAGACCCCGACAAACCUCGGAGGAUGAGGAGCAAGAGUCAGGAGGGUGAAGAAGACGAUUCUUCAUCCGCCUCGCCUGUUACCGACCCGACGAUAAAAUACGAAGAGCAGCCCGACUUUGUGACGUCAACAGGCGGCACGCUCCACCUGUACCAGAUGGAGGGGCUCAACUGGCUUCGCUUCUCCUGGGCUCAAGGCACCGACACCAUCCUGGCGGACGAGAUGGGUCUGGGAAAGACCAUCCAGACCAUCGUCUUCCUCUAUUCGCUCUUUAAAGAGGGUCACACCAGGGGUCCCUUUCUGGUCAGCGCUCCGCUUUCCACCAUCAUCAACUGGGAGAGGGAGUUUGAGAUGUGGGCGCCUGACUUCUACGUGGUGACCUACACCGGCGACAAGGACAGCCGAGCCAUCAUCCGGGAGAACGAAUUCUCCUUCGACGAAUCUGUGGCCAAGAGUGGCAAGAAAGCCUUCAAGAUGAGGAGAGAGAUGCCCAUCAAAUUCCACGUGCUGCUGACCUCUUACGAGCUGGUGACCAUCGACCAGACGGCUCUCAAGUCUAUGGACUGGGCCUGCCUGGUUGUGGAUGAGGCUCACCGCCUUAAAAAUAAUCAGUCCAAGUUUUUCCGACGCCUGAACGACUACAAAAUUGACCACAAGCUGCUGCUGACGGGAACGCCGUUACAGAACAACCUGGAGGAGCUUUUCCACCUGCUCAAUUUCCUUACGCCCAACCGUUUCAACAACCUGGACGGCUUCCUGGAAGAAUUUGCUGACAUCUCUAAGGAAGACCAGAUCAAGAAACUUCACGACCUGUUGGGGCCUCAUAUGCUGCGCCGGCUGAAGGCUGACGUCUUCAAAAACAUGCCGGCCAAGACCGAGCUGAUUGUUCGGGUGGAACUCAGCCCCAUGCAGAAAAAAUACUAUAAGCUGAUUCUAACCAGGAACUUUGAGGCGUUGAACUCCAAAGGUGGGGGGAACCAGGUGUCUCUGCUCAACAUCAUGAUGGACCUGAAGAAGUGCUGCAACCAUCCUUAUCUGUUCCCCGUCGCCUCCAUGGAGGCCCAGAAAACACCCAACGGCGCUUAUGAGGGCUCAGCCCUCACCAAGGCUUCUGGGAAAUUGACACUACUGCAGAAGAUGCUGAGGAAACUCAAGGAGCAGGGACACCGAGUGCUGGUCUUCUCGCAGAUGACUAAAAUGCUGGACUUGUUGGAAGACUUCCUGGAUUUUGAAGGUUAUAAAUAUGAAAGGAUUGACGGCGGGAUCACCGGCGCGCUCAGGCAGGAGGCCAUCGACCGCUUCAACGCUCCCGGUGCGUGUCAGUUUUGUUUCCUACUCUCCACCCGGGCCGGUGGUUUGGGCAUCAACUUGGCCACGGCGGACACGGUAGUCAUCUUCGACUCGGACUGGAACCCUCACAAUGACAUCCAGGCCUUCAGUCGGGCUCACCGGAUCGGGCAGGCCAACAAGGUGAUGAUCUACCGCUUCGUGACGCGUGCUAGCGUGGAGGAGCGCAUCACGCAGGUGGCCAAGCGAAAGAUGAUGCUGACACAUCUGGUGGUCCGACCCGGCCUGGGUUCCAAAGCGGGCUCCAUGACCAAGCAGGAACUGGACGACAUCCUCAAAUUUGGAACCGAGGAGCUGUUCAAAGACGAAGGAGAAGGCAUGAAGAAUUCCUCGGGGGACAAAGCGGAGGACGAGGGGAACGUGAUCCACUACGACAGCGCGGCCAUCGAGAGGCUGCUGGACCGAAGCCAGGAUGCUACCGAUGACUCGGAUGUCCAAAACAUGAACGAGUACCUCAGCUCGUUCAAAGUGGCCCAGUACAUGGUCCGAGAGGAGGACAAGAUCGACGAGAUCGAGCGAGAGAUCAUCAAGCAGGAGGAGAACGUGGAUCCCGACUACUGGGAGAAACUCUUGCGCCACCACUACGAGCAGCAGCAGGAGGACUUGGCUAGCAAAUUGGGCAAAGGCAAGCGCAACCGCAAGCCCGUCAACUACAACGACGCAGCCCAGGAAGACCAAGAGUGGCACGCCGACAUUUCCGACAACCAGUCCGAGUACUCUGUGGGUUCCGAGGAGGAGGACGAGGACUUUGACGACCGGCCGGAAGGCCGGAGACAAUCCCGCCGCCAACUGAGGAACGAGAAAGACAAACCGCUUCCUCCUCUUCUGGCCAGAGUGGGCGGAAACCUUGAGGUUCUCGGCUUCAAUACGCGCCAGCGGAAGGCUUUCCUCAACGCCGUGAUGCGUUGGGGGAUGCCGUCGCAAGACGCCUUCUCGUCCCAGUGGCUGGUCAGAGACCUCCGGGGCAAGACUGAGAAGGAAUUCAAAGCGUACGUGUCGCUAUUCAUGCGUCACUUGUGCGAACCGGUGGCCGACGGGGCGGAGACCUUCGCCGAUGGCGUCCCCAGGGAGGGCCUGUGCCGCCAGCCGGUCCUCACGCGCAUCGGGGUCAUGUCGCUCGUCAAGAAGAAGAUUCAGGAGUUCGAGCACAUCAAUGGCCGCUGGAGUCUCCCGGAGCUGAAGCCUGACGUCAGCCUGGAAAAGUCCUCCUCCAGGGCUUCGUCCCCUGCAGCCAAGACCGCGACGCCCACCACGGAUGCUAGCUACAACAACACGCCGUGCACCUCUAAACCAGCAACCCCCGCGCCUGCAGACAAACCCGAGAAGAACGGGAAGGAGGACAAGGAGCAGGAAAAUGAGGAGAAAGAUGACGGCAAAGAGCUUUGCGCACCGCAAAGCGUGUCUCCACCUAGUUCCAAAACGGAGGGCAAAGACGACGGCGGUGGCGGAGAUCGAACGCGCGAGGGGGAGGAAGAUGAUCCCGGCGGCGCUCCGUCCCGUGAGGGGAAUUCACCUGAUAAAAGCAAAGUAACAAGCGAGCAGGAUGUGCCGGUGCAAGAACGAAGCGCAGCAGCUCGAUUAAUUUCAGGGCCAAAGGUGGAAGACGACGGACAAAAAGACACCGAGAAGCCAGAAGCUUCAGAUUCCAAGGAAGCUUCCGAAACCGUGAAAGAGGAGGCAAAAGGUGAAAAGGACGCUGGGAAAGAAGUCAAGACGGAGUUGGCCAAAGUCGACGGGAAGCUGCCCGCCGAGCGGCCUCGCUUCAUGUUUAACAUCGCCGACGGCGGCUUCACCGAGCUGCACACUCUUUGGCAGAAUGAGGAGCGGGCCGCCAUCUCCUCGGGGAAGAUGAGCGAGAUCUGGCACCGCCGCCACGAUUUCUGGCUCCUGGCGGGAAUCGUCAUUCACGGCUACGCCCGGUGGCAGGACAUCCAGAACGACCCGCCCUUCGCCAUCAUCAACGAGCCCUUCAAGUCGCAAGCCAACAAAGGCAACUUCUUGGAAAUGAAAAACAAGUUUCUGGCCCGGCGCUUUAAGCUGCUGGAGCAGGCGCUGGUCAUCGAGGAGCAGCUGAGGCGCGCGGCCUACUUAAACAUGACGCAGGACCCCAGCCACCCGGCCAUGGCGCUCAACGUGCGUUUCGCCGAGGUGGAGUGCCUGGCCGAAUCGCACCAACACCUGAGCAAAGAGUCGCUGGCGGGCAACAAACCGGCCAAUGCCGUCCUGCACAAAGUGCUGAACCAACUGGAGGAGCUGUUGAGCGACAUGAAGGCCGACGUGACCCGGCUGCCGGCCGCGCUGUCCCGAGUGGCGCCCAUCGCCGCGAGGCUGCAGAUGUCCGAGCGGAGCAUCCUGAGCCGGCUGGCCAGCAAAGGCGCCGAGACGCAGGCCCCCCCGCCUAUCCCUCCCGGACCUUACGCCACCCCUCAGAAUUACGGAGGCUUCUCCACCGUCCCGCCGGGCGCCCUCUUCAUGGGAGGGGCCAACUACAGUCAGAUGCCACCCGGAUCCUUCAUAUCAGAAGCCACCGACGGAGCCGCUUGGGGAGCCGGCAGGGGGCCGGCCGCCGCGAGCGCGUGCCAGAAGACCAAGGAGCACGAUGUGGUGCAGCGGCAGCGGGUGGUGGACCUGUGGAAGGACGGCAAGUCGGAGGGGGCCAUCGGCCUGGAGCUGCGGAUGCCCAAAUCCACCGUGCACAGCAUCAUCGUCAAGUACCGCCUCAGUAACACGGUGGAGAACCUGCCACGCAACGGACGCCCCAAGAAACCCUGA